AUGGCUUUGUCAAUCGCCAAAAUUGCCGCAUUUGGGGUUCGGAGAACCCACGUGUGAUUGUCGAAAAAGAAAUGCACCCACAACGCGUGACUGUCUGGUGUGGAUUUUGGGCUGGAGGCAUAAUUGGGCCAUAUUUUUUUGAAAAUGAUGCUGGUCAAGCAGUGACUGUUACUGGUGCUCGAUAUCGCGACAUGAUUACACAGUUCUUUCUGCCAAAAUUGAAUGAUAUUGAUGUACCCAAUAUGUGGUUUCAACAAGACGGUGCCACAUCGUCGUCCAUACCGCAGACAGGCGUAUCUGACAAAAAAUCAAAUUCGAGUUAA